CACCCUCCCUGUUUCCUGUAGAAGAGGGAAAACCCCAUCCAAAGAUACAAAAACAAAGUAGAUCUAGCAUGGCUAUGGUCCUUUCUACUUGGGUCUUGCUGGUCUGCACAGCUCUGCUUCUCUACCUAGGAAAGAGACUACUCUUUGCUCCAUACCGAAUAUUUAAUGGCAGUAGUAUACCAAUCAAGGGACCACCACCCAAACCCAUUGUGGGAAAUUUCUUCGCAAGACAUGAAAUGGGUUAUAUGAAAUGGCAUGAGCACAUUGCUAAGGAAUAUGGCUCAGUGGCUGGAUUUUUCUUGGGUUUCAUGCCGUUUCUAGCAGUGACUGACAUUGACAUGUUAAAGCCAAUCUUGGUGAAAGACUUUGACUCGUUCACAAACCGACCAUUUGUUCCUGACAUUUCCAGAGAAGCUUCAGCCCCCGUUGGUCUUGUGGGUGCACAGGGAGAGACGUGGAAGACAGCUAGACACACCCUCUCCCCCUCGUUCUCUGCUGCCAAGAUGAAAGCCAUGGUGCCUCUGAUUGAAAAGAGUGCUAAAACUCUUGUAGAGGUUAUAAGUGAGUCAGCAGAUACUAAUCAGAGUGUGGAUGUACAUAGAAUUUAUGGUAACUUCACCAUGGAGACGAUCUUAGCAACGGCUUUUGGGCGGAGUGCGGACAUACAGAGAGGAGAGAGUGAUCAGAUUGUGGAUAUAGCCAAACUUAUGUUUAGUGGGUCGGACGAGAAAAAGGGACUGUCUUUCCUUAUCUUGAUGCCACUUUUGAAUUCAUUCCCAUGGCUCGAGUCCAUUCUCAGGGUCUUGGCUGCCAGAGCCCCUGUUGUGAAGAACGUACGCACAAUGUUCUCCAUCGCCACGGAAAUGGUCAGGCAAAGACGGCUGAAUCCACAACCACAGAAGUACAAGGAUCUGCUGCAGCUGAUGAUAGACGCUCGUACAGACAAUCCCAGCGGAGGAGGAGCUAGUCAGCAGAAACUCACGGAUGAUCAGAUUGUUGCUCAUUCUGCUACUUUUCUCGUGGCCGGUUAUGAGACCACCUCCACUGCCCUAGCGUACGUGUCAUACCUGUUGGCCCUCAACCCCAUAAUCCAGGAGAAACUGCAGCAGGAAAUUGACAACUACUUUGACAACAAUCCAGAGGCCCCACUGUACGAGGCUGCUCAGGAGAUAGAGUACCUGGAGAAGGUCAUACACGAAACACUACGACUUUAUUCACCAGCUGGAGCGCUGUUGCGUUACUGCCAAAAAACGACUAUUGUGAAUGGAGUCACUAUACCCAAGGGAUGUACUGUAGAUGUACCAAUUCACAUCAUACACAGGGACCCAAAAUAUUGGCCCAAUCCAGAGGUCUUUGAUCCAGAAAGGUUUUCCCCUGAGGAGAAGUCCAAGCGCCCUCCACUGAGUUAUAUCCCAUUUGGUUACGGUCCAAGGAACUGUAUUGGUAUGAGGUUUGCAAUGCUGGAGGCUAAACUGGCUCUCAUCCACCUGCUCAGGAGGUUCACGUUCAUACAGGCACCAGACACAGAGGUUCCUAUUGAGACCUCUUUUGGAUUAGCUGUGACUCCCAAAAAUGGAGUGUUCCUCAGGAUAUCGAAGAGACACUGAUGAAAAGAAAACGAUUGUACGUAUUGUGUGUUUAUCAAAGCUUUUAGUUAUUGAUCGACGUUCCAUUGUGAUGCUAAUUUUUCAGUAUGCAACAGACCAUUACAUUUGUUUUUAUAUUUAAGAAUUACAGUACAUGCACUUUUACUACGUAUAUGACAGCUAUUUAUUGCACUGGAGGAUUG